ACUAGUGAAAAUUUUAAAAUUAUGGACAGAUUAAAAUAUGAGCCAAACAAUAAGGAAGAGUUCUCUGUCGGUUCAUUGUGUUGACGGCUGCUUAAUACGUUUUUAUUUGUGGUCAUUGUAUGUGCUCCAUUCAUCAGUUUACUUCGUGCAACAGUUUAUAAGGCUGAGCGUAUUAUCAGUAAAAACAAAGUUCACUCAAUUGGGAACAACUAUUACGCUUGCAGCCAGUUGAUACAAGUUGGACGAAAUCUGUGUUCAUUGACCGAUCCGCAGCGAGAAGCAGAAGCAAACAUCAUGGUCGAGUUCAACACCGUUAACCAACCCUCCAAGCAUCCCGAACUGCUCAACAAUGCAGUCUACUUCCCCCGAAUGCCAGGAAGUGGUCCGCUGGCGAAAUAUCGCCAACAGGCAACAAUCGACUGGCGUAAGGUAAAGCUAGCACUGAACGAUGAGGCUUCGCUAGAACUGCAGCACAAGGCAUGGGACUUCAUUCAGAGUCAUCCACUCUUUACUCGUCCCAAUCGGACGCUUUCGACGGAUGAAAGUCGGCAUUUAGCAACAAAGCGGAUGUACGUAAUACAUGAUGCUAACAUGUUCGGUAUCGACAAACUACUUGAGCGACCGGAUUUCAUGGGGUUCUUUAACCACGUACUGAUGGCUUAUGAGCCAAGUUUUGUGGUCAAACUGUCGCUAGGCUUUGGUAUGUUCUCCGCCGUCAUUCAGGCACUUGAUGUUGGUCGUCUGACACAUCUCAUCCAGCAAAACCAACAGGGAGAAAUCUUGGGAGCUUUUGGUUUAACCGAGAUUUCACAUGGCACCAACGCCAAGGGGAUGCGUACAACGGCCACUUACGAUACCAAAAACAGGGAAUACGUUUUGAACACGCCAGAUUUCGAGGCAGCCAAAUGUUGGAUUGGAAACUUAGGAAAAACCUGCACACACAUGAUUUGCUACGCACAGUUGUACACCGAAGACGGAAAUCAUCACGGGUUGAACGCGUUUGUAGUUCCAAUUAGAGAUCCCAAAACGUUAAACGCUUAUCCUGGAGUAAUCGUAGGCGAUCUGGGAGAAAAAGCUGGUCUGCACGGCGUAGACAACGGAUUCGUUAUGUUCCGAAAUUAUCGAAUUCCGAGAGAUUAUUUGCUUGCCAAAACUGGCGAUGUCAACGAGGACGGCAAGUUUGUGUCGCCCUAUAAAGAUGAAAGCAGACGCUUUGGAGCAUCACUAGCAGCCCUCUCCGGAGGAAGAGUUGGAAUUUGCGGCAUCGCUAAUUUGUAUUUAACGAAGGCCAUUUGUAUUGCGACUCGAUAUUCCGCCAGUCGAAAACAGUUCGGCCCAGACGACAACUCGGAGGAAUUGCCUGUUCUAGAGUACCAAUCACAACAGUACCGGCUGUUUCCUCAUCUAGCGACUGCUUUCACACUCAAGAUUUUCACUCUGUGGUUUUCUAAGGUAUACGGCGAUGGUUUCAUUAAAUCUAUCAUGAAUGGAGAGCGGAACGAACUGGUGGGAAUGGAAAUCCACGCUCUAUCGUCAGCUGCUAAACCUGUUUGCACUUGGGCGGCUAGGGACGGUAUUCAGGAAUGUCGUGAAGCGUGUGGCGGUCAUGGAUUCCUAAAACUGUCGACAAUCGGAGAUCUUCGAAAUGACAACGAUCCAAAUUGCACGUACGAGGGUGAGAAUAACGUGCUUAUACAGCAAACUUCCAAUUGGUUACUGAACGUCAGGUCCAAAGGUUACGAAAAGUUUGCAGAAGUGUCACCAUUGGGCUCUGUUGCAUUCCUUAAGGAUUUCGUAAGUAUCCAAAAGAGUAAAGCUAGUUGGAAAACGCCGAGCGACGCUGUUGAACUUCAAGGUCUGAUUAAUGCAAUGAAUUGGUUGGUCGCAUACCUGUUAGAAGAAACUCACCAAAAACUCGUGUCACUGAAACGAAGCGGAAAAUCUUCUUUUGAAUCCAGGAACGAUUCACAAUCCUUCUUCGCUAGAACGUUGUCUAUCGCAUAUGGAGAGCGAGUUAUGUUGUUCGUGGCCGACAAGUUCCUGAAAAAUCUUGAGGAAGGAGCGGAGAAAGUUACCCUUACGCGCUUGGUUUCUCUGUACGGUGCCAACGUGGUUCUGAAGUAUGCCGGAAAUUUCUACCAAGGUGGUUAUUUCAGUGCGAUCCCUAAUGCGCUGAACCUGCUGCAACAAGGUUACAUCGAUCUGUUGCCACUUAUAAAGGUUGAAGCCGUUUCGCUAGUCGAUGCAGUUGCACCACCGGAUUUCAUUCUGAACUCGCCACUCGGUAUGAGUGAUGGUGAGGUGUACAAGCACAUGGAGUCCGCCAUUCUGCAAGCACCGGAAGCAUUAGAGCGCCCGAAAUGGUGGAUGGAUGUAGUUCAUCGAGAUUACAUUAAGGCUAAGUUAUAACAGGCGCCCGUCUGUUUAGUGUCGGGCUCGUUGGUUACUGUUUAUAUUAUUUUGGUAGUUGGUUGAAUUGGGAGGCACAAUAAAGUUGAACGAUUAUUUCUGUA